AAGGUUUUUUAUAACGGUCGAUCUUUCGAGUCCGCGCGGCGUCCAUUUUAUCUUCAUGAGGAAUCGUUAACUCGACUAGAUUUACUACUUUCUUUCACGCCAUAUAAUAAUGUCUGGUUUCUUCGUAACUAGAAUGAGGAAGAAUCCUUGGCACCCCGGUAAAUCUGCAGUCACCCACCAAUAGCCGUUCCACUUUUCAUCGUUCACAGGAAGUUUCUUUUUCUUCUUCAAACGGAUCUGCUGUCUUGAACGCACGAAGUACGAACUCCAUUUAAGCCCAUGAGAACCGACCGCACAGCAUUGACAAGCCUCAACAAGAGCGAAAAGCGCCAGACGUUACCACAAGUCACUGCAGCUACGAUGUUCGUCUCACUCCGAUAUGGAUUGUGUUUCUAGGAAGAGAUUUCAUCUCAGAUAAUUCCACAGCAUCAUGCCCUCUGACGUUCUUCCUUUGAGAAAGAUCUUUGCGUUCACAUAAUGGUAACAGAACAAGCGAGGGAUUAUUACUCUUUUGUCGGACAACUCGGUGCAGAUUUUGGUAAAGGAACCAUGAAGGACUACAACCACUCGGUAAACGUCAUUACAAUUAACAACAACAACAACAACAGCACCAACAGCGGCAACAGCAGUAGAAGUAACAGCUUCGACAGCGGCGACGAGGUGACCACCUCUACAAACACCACUAACAACAACAGCAACAACAACAAGAAUAGUGGUGGCGGCAGCAACAGAAUAAUUGAUUACCAAAAUGUGGAACAUGGACAGUUGUAUUUUGACGGACCAAAGACACAUUGCGAAAACGAAACCUUGGAUUGUGUCAGUGAGAAGAACAUCAGCCAUGGCAUUCUAACCCCGUCUGACAUUCGAUCCCUUGGCCUACCUGUUAAUGGCUUCAGGGACAUCGUUCUGUUUGACAACGAUGAUUUCGUGGCCAUCUGUGAGAACUUUGUUAAGCUUUAUUCGACGUCUGGCGACCUGUUGCACAAGAUCGAACUGGCCAGCACACCUCUUUCCCUGUGUAGAGUGGGCGAACGUCGAGUUGUGGUUACCUGUACCUCGCGGAUGCUGCGUUUGAUUGCCGUCCACAUCGAUGACAGCAACAACAACAACAACAACAAUUUUAACAACAACAACAACAACAACAACAACGAUAGCGGUGACAACAACAGCAGCUGUAGAACGUUGGUUCUCGAGCAAGAAUUGAACACCGCAACCCAGUACUGCAGCGUAGCACAGCUCAGCUCUAGUGAACUAAUCGCCGUCGGUCUUAACGCCCCCGUGUUGCACCGGCUCCUUUACAUGCCUACCCACCUGGAAGUGCUGUCCACCCUGUAUUUGGAGCAAGUUGGUAAACUGAACGUGCGCCACCAGCGGAGCUACCGUUGCGUGUGUGUCAGCGCCGCAAAGCAAAUUUUUAUUUCAGACAGGAUGAACAAUUUCCUCAUCAGCCUCAGUACAUCAGGCACCUGGAAGAUCCCGUUUUUUUACAAGCCCCAGGGCAUGGUUGUCGCUGGUUCUUUCUUUUAUGUCAUCCAGGGUGGAGGACUGAAUUUGGUGUAUAGAUUCCGGCUGAAUGGUCUUGAUGCCUUCUGUCUCCUGCGCAAAGAACACGAGCUACUAGACCCCUGGGGCCUGUCUAUAAACAGGAACAAGAAACUAGUGAUUACAUGUAAUACCUCUGACUGCCCCACAGUCAGGGUGUUUACGUGACAGACGACCAGCAGCCUUGACAUAAUGCACCUUAAUUUCGGUUCUUGACAUUAUGUAAACCACCACAACCUGCUGAAACACGCAUGGAUAUAUACGUAUAUAUAUAUAUAUAUAUAUAUUUAAUGCGUGCACAUGAACACAAAUGCACUGUAAUAACGUAUGUGUAAUACAGGAACUGACAACGAAUGAUCCAUUUUAUUUUAAAAAAAAAUAACAAAGUAAUGUCUUCCAAUUCUUUCGUUCUAUAUUGCUUCUGUAUUAGUUUACAUGUUUUACAUAAUCAAACGCAAUUAAACAGAUUUAAAACAACAACAACAUAAACACAUGCAACAAUUCAAGAGGACACACUGACACACUGACAUCAACACCAUACAUAAUAUACAUACAUACAUACAUACAUACUUAUAUAUAUAUUCACACCUACACAUAAAUAUAUAUAGACAUCUGCAUACAAGUUUAUCAAGUAACAACACGCUGUGAUUUUGUACUCUAUGAUAUAUAUAUAUAUAUAUAUAUAUAUAUAUAUAUAUAUAUAUAUAUAUACACCCAUACUUCUUUAUUUGUUUAUUUCCCACCAUCACUACCCCACCCUGAUUCUUUCAUAUCACUGACAAUAUUUUUUCAUCAUACUUUAUUAUACAUUUUCUUUUUGUUCCUGUUGUUCAGUUAUAUUUUUAUAUUUUUAUACUUUAUACAUUAUAUAUUUUCUAUAUACCCAUUUAAUUUAUAUACACAUACAUCCACACACUGCCUUCCCGGCACACAAAUUGGACCAAACCUUCAUGUUUUCCUUUGCAAUUUGGUUUAAAACUAACUUUUGUUUAAUCAUACACACAUGUAUAUAAUUACAUUUAAACACACGCACAUACAAACAUACAUAUACAUACAUAUACACACACAUAUAUGUGUGUGUGUGUGUGUGUACAAUGAUAUAUCUUUAUACACAUACACACACACAUAUCACUCAGCCAUUGUGAUACCAGUAACCUGGUGUAUAAGUCUAUGUACGUACAUCUCUGAACGAGGCGUUUGUCGGUCGAGUUCAGAGCGGUUUAUAAGAAAAGAGAUGACGAAUGCAAGUUUAUAUAUAUAUAUAUAUAUAUAUGAGAUUUUCAGAGGAAGAAGUUUUGAUAGCGUAUUGCAAGUUUCGAUUCAAUUAUUUUCAUCUAACCUACCGAAGGAGGCUACCAAACCCCAAAUUCGAAGUUACUAUCGACUUUUUCGUUAUAAAAAUAAUUAAAAAAAAAAUCUGAUGUUCUACUAAAUGAUAUUUGGUUUAAAACUAACUUUUGUUUAAUCAUACAUACAUGUAUAUAAUUACAUACAUGUAUAUAAUUACUUUGAUGUUUAUAUGUGUGUGUAUGUAUAUUUGUGUAAGUAUAUGUAUGUAUACGUACAGAAAUAUACAUACAUGCAGAUAAACACACACAUACACUUACUGAACACAUA